AUGGUGCAGCAAAACGUUUUUAUCGCCUUCGUAUCGAAGGAGUUAUGUAUGUGUGCAUAUGCAUGUGGUGUGUGCAAUUACUUCCAAUUGAACAACACGGAAACAGUAAUAUUUCGGUACUUUACGAUGAUGUUAUACUUGCUGCUAAUUCUAUGUAUCCUAUCGCUAAUCGUAAUGAGCGUAUAUUACUUUCAUGUAACAUGUGAAGAGUGUGAUUAUUAUAACAGGGUAUUGGUUAUAGGAAUAUUAAUAAAAAAUAUUGGACAUAUAAAUUUAACUAUAAUAAGAGUAAAAAGAAGAAGUGAAAUAGAAGAGAAUGAAAGAUUAAGAAGUAUAAUGGUAGCAUUAGUCCAAAUAUUUAACUCAUUAACUUUUGUUUUAGCUUUAUUGUCUUUAUACUUAUUGCAUUUUUAUAAAAAUGUAUGUUCGUCAAAUACCUUAUCAUUAAAAUUGAUAAGAAUAUAUUAUUAUUUUACCAUAACUUUAUACUUUAUUCCUUUAUUAUUUUAUAUAUCUCUUGGUUUGUUUCUGUCUAUUAUUAUUUGUAUUAUGAUAAAUUUUUCAGUAGAUGAAAAUGACCGUAUACCAACCCCAGAAAAUAUUAUAAAUAAAUUACAAGUAGUUAAAUAUAAAGAUAUAGAAUACAUUUAUAAAAAGACAAAAAAGAACAAAAGAAGUAAAAAGUACAUUAAGAAACCUUCUUUUGAAAUGAUAUUUGACAAAGUAAAAAGUGUAAUUAGACAUAAAGGCAAUAAGCAAAAAGAGAAAGAAAAAGAAAAAGAAAAAGAAAAAAAUAUAUAUAUACAUGUUAACAGUAAAGACUCAAACAACAUUGGUGAUGAUGACAACUUACAAGAAAUGCUAAAACCGCUUAACGUAGAUAUGCAAAAUGAAAGAGGUGCCUACAGUGCUAGUGAUUACAAUAGAAGACGAACGCAAGAAUAUUUAAAUGGCGGCAGCAGCAGCAACGGUAACAACAGCGGAAAUAACGCCAGUACCAGCAGCUUCAACAGCAGAGGUAACACUAUUAAUGCCGAAAUUCCAAGUGAAAAUGAAGAUGUUUGUUCAAUUUGUAUGAUGAAUUAUAUAAGUAACGAUAAUAUUAUGAUCAUGCCCUGUGAUAAAAGGCAUUUUUUCCAUGUUAACUGCUUAACGAAGUGGCUGUAUAAAAGUCAAGUUUGCCCUAUCUGUAGAACAAAUAUAGUUAACUGUGUUAAUUCUAAGAAUGACCUCGUUUGA